GUCGCAGUGAGCGAUCCCGAGCUGCGGAGAUACUUUGUAUCAGAGGCGGCACAGCCCGGGCAGGAUCAUGGCAUCAGGAAUGGCAAUGAACCAGGAGCUUUCCAGCAUCCUGAAUGAGCUAUGGAAAGCAGAUGAAAACCGACUGGUGCCUGGAAAAGACUAUCAGAUUUCUGUACAGGGUAAAGCAGGGUAUGUCCCUGCAGGAAGUAACAAUGCAAAGGACAAUGCCCGUAGGCCACUGUUCUCCUAUGUAAAUGAAGAACGUUUGCACUCAAUUAAAACCUUUGCUGCCUUCAUUUCCCUCUUGGACAACUAUGAAAUGUCCACUGGAAUUGCUGAGGUGGUAACCCCAGAAGAAAGGGCUGAAAACAAUCGCUUUCUGGAUGCAGUUCUUGAAACAAAAGUCAUGCAGUUAACUCAUCAAUACCUUGCCAGUAAAAAUCUCACAUCAGCUGAUCCUCAACAGUUCAAGCAACAUCUUUAUGACAUCUGGUUUCAACUGUAUUCCAGAGGAGGGAAUCGAGGACGAGAUUCUUCAGGGUUUGAGCAUGUGUUUGUGGGAGAGACCAAACGAGGGAGCGAGAUCAUGGGCCUACACAACUGGGUCCAAUUCUACCUGCAGGAGAAGCGCAAUCACAUUGAUUAUAAAGGCUUUGUGGCCAGGAAGGACAAGAAUAAGCCUGAUGAAGAUGAUCACGUCUUGAACCUGCAGUUCAGCUGGAAGACAAUGGUGAAACCUGUGGGUAGUUCCUUUAUUGGAGUGAGCCCUGAGUUUGAGGUCGCUGUUUACACCAUCUGCUUCCUCCUGUCACAGGCCAAAGUCUCGAGGGAACUGGUAAUGGUGGACGAAUACCAUUUGCAAAUUGUGGUGUAUCGUCAUGGGAAGUACAUUGGAAGUUCCUACCCGGUGCUGCUCAGCAACAACAAUAUACCCCUGGACUGAACCUGUGGCAGUCUCAGGAAUCCUCAGUGUCGUCUACAGUUUGCUCAAAUGUCUGCAGAAUUAACAUCCGUCCAACAAGCAGACUAUAGUCGAUGCUCAGAGUAUUUUUUUUCUGGUUAGAUCUUCUCAAAGUCGUUGCAACAUUGUAUUGUAUAAAAUGCACAUUUUGCAAUGUCUUCUUGUUCAGAAUCCUCAAUUAAUGCACUCCCAUAUGAACUCAGUGGAUUUGAUGCUGUGCUAAAGGAGACCGUUUCUGUGUUAAAAUUCGGGUGACUUUUUAAAAAAAUUCAGUUUAACGUUCAGCACAGAAUUCAUUUCAGAAACUGUCCCCAUAAAUCAACACAUUUCACACAAAAUCUCUACGUGUUGGCGUUGGCUUUUUAAAUUUAAUAUGUUGUUGCAGGAUUUUAGUUUGACAGUUUUUGUUCUGAUAAUGCUGCAGUCCUCAAAUAUCCAAACUGUCUAAAACAGUAAAAUCGUUGUGACCUCCUAAUAAAGUGUCACCUACCUGCCUUGUUAAUUAAAUCCUACUGUAACAAGCCAUCACAUUUAAUAUCUCUUAGAAAACCAACCAAUCUCUCCAUGACCAGUGGGAUCAGAAAUAUUUGUUUCAUUUGAAGUGAAAUUGGUGCAUUUUAACCCUCAAUGCACCACAUGACCUAACAGCUGCACAUUUUCACAUCAAUCUGAUGUAAAAUUCCUGCGUGAUUUUAAACAGGGAGGAAAACGUUGUUCACUUUUCAUUCCAUCAUUGAAGCUUCAUCCAUUUAAGAAAACCUACAGCCAGCAGUUUCUUUUUUCUGUUAUGGAUGAGCAUUUGUUUCAUAGCUUGAAAUUCUGUAUCUGCUUUGAUGACAAUUAGUCAGUGAUUUAAGGGUUAGCCCUGCGUUAUACUCAUGUGUUUCUCUGCUUCAUAGCUUGUAUUAGUGGAACUAUAUCAGCUUGUUAGAUUGAACUUUUUAUUAAACAAAAAUUGUUUGAAUUGUUAUAGUUUUUAAAAUGCACAAUUUAUUGAUAUUUCAAUUUGCUUUUUAAAAUAACUUGCAUUUUAUUAAUGUUUUCAGUUUCCAGGUAAAAUAUUUUCAAUUAAACUUUGAUUUGGCUUUUUCUCGGUCUCUGAAGUACCAAAAUUGUGGAAGAAACUUGUUUCUCGCGGAGCUGUUUCCAAGAAAUGAAAUUGGAGGGGGUUUAGGUGAGAACAGCUCAAAGACCCCUUUGUGUUUAAACAUGGCGAGGGUUUGACUGUCACAGGUUUCAGUAACUAAUGACUUCCAAUGCCAACUUUCCUAGGAUUACUGAGGUUUGAAUCAAUCUAUGAAGUUUAAUUUUAGAUGGGUUGAUGAAGACAAGAAACCCAUGCUUAAAGAUGUUCGGAGUUUACCCGAAACUGGGUUUACCUUUCUCCGGCCCAAAACUUAUUGGGAUUUUGAAAGAUCAUGAGCAAUUUAAUUCUACAGAAACCACAUUGCUUCAGCUGCAAUCCCAGGCCUCACUGAUCUUUACUCCUGACCUGAAUUGCAUCCAGACAUUUCAAAGUUCGUCUAAACCUGUCUCAAAACUGCUCUCACUUUUUACACUUCUGAAUUUUCAAUUUUUAUCAAAACGUGUUUUGCAGUUUUCAUAAUUCAUAACAUGGUCAUUAUGGAAACUCUACUUCUGUAAAGGUUCAGUCUUUGUUUUUCCAAAGGAGCUGAUUUUAUGACAACUUGCACGUUUAUCCCAACCAAAUCCUUAACCCACCUGCUGUGUUUUGCAGCUUAUUCUGUUUGUAGACCAGCAUUAAUCUGGUACUCAAUCCUUUAUCCAAAAUCCUUGGGGCCAGUUGCUUUUCAGGAUUCCGAAUUUUUCUGAUUUCAGAAUAAAUGGCAUUUUCACGGUGAAGUUAAAAACAAAUUACCGAAGAGCAGAUGCAUGUGUGAAUAGUGCGAACGCUGAGACAGAAUUAAUGCCUGCCAGUGCUGGGGCCAGGAUGGCGCAUCCCAUCUGAGUGUUGUGGUUCGAGUGGGUGUGGUGUUGGGUCACACCAAAAUGACACUCCACAAUCCACAGAAAAGUUUCAGAUUUCAGAAUUUCGGAUAAAGGAUUGUGUACCUGUACUGAAAAGAGCUACAUGUUGGUAAAUACAGUUUGCUGAUUUGAAAUUUCUAUUUCCUCCCCCUCCAAGUGGAAACAAUAUUGGAGUUAUUGCUGCUUGUUAACACUCUGCCUUAAUUUCUCAAAGUUCAGCAGAACCUUGGAAUACGUAUUUGACCAAAGUUUAAUCUUUGGACAUGGUUAUAGUUCAGUUCCUGCAACGCAUGUUCAUCUUUUUAAUAAUUUUGAAAUAAAGUUCAUUAUAAAGAA